AUGCUGUUGAAGGACUGCUUCCGCCGUCCUUCAGAGGAAAUUUUGCGGAAAAAGCAGCUGGAAAAAAGGCUCACACAAAUCAAUCAGAAGUUUGCAAAUUCGGUGAAAAUUUUGUUGUUGGGCGCUGGUGAAUCCGGAAAAACCACUAUUAUCAAGCAGAUGAAAAUAUUGCACGACCAGAAUGGAUUUAGCUUUGAUGAACGUUUGGAUAAGCUGCAUGAUAUUAUAGAAAACAUUCACGAAUCGAUCUAUGAAUUGAUUCAGCAAGCUAUUUUAAUGAAUCUGCAGUUCGACUCGAAAGAAAACUGCCAAUGUGCAAGGGAAAUUCUUAAGAUAGGAAAGCAGGCGCCAUGGUUCCUAAGCAUGGAAUACGUACAAAGGGUUCGAACGGUUUGGGCUGAUAGUGCUGUAAAAAAUUGCUACAAGCGUGCAAAUGAAUUUCAAUUGAUCGAUAGUGCAAAAUAUUUUUUGGACAGAAUUGAAAAAAUCUCAAUGCCAGGAUACAUUCCAACGAAUUCCGACAUUUUAAAUUGCCGUAAAACAACGACCGGAAUACAGGAAGUUAACUUCCACAUCAAAAUGCCAAAAUCGCUUGGGGGAGGCUCGCAGGAGUUUCGAAUGUUCGACGUUGGUGGUCAGCGCAGUCACCGGACCAAGUGGAUGCAGGUGUUCGAAGGUAUUGAAGCUGUGCUGUUCAUGAUCGCGUGUGGUAGUUUCGAUCAAACAUUACGAGAGGACCCUAAACAGAACCGGUUAGCGGAAGCGUUCGAGCUGUUCCGAGGCGUGUGGCAUAAUCGAUUUCUAGCGGAGACGGGCUUGAUUGUGUUUCUCAACAAGCAGGAUAUAUUGGAGCAAAAAAUUCUGGCGGGUAAAUCGAUAAAGCACUACUUUCCCGAAUACGAGCAUUACGUAGCCGCGGCGGACAGUGAGAAUUUGAGAGACGAAUUUACACGUACAAGGUGUUUCAUCAAGUCAGUCCUGGUGUGUAGUAGAGUUCAAGUAGUGUUCAAGGAUUACAGUGAACUAGUUGCGUUCACGGGAUGUGAUGAACCAGUAGCGUUCAUGGAUUACAAUGAACCAGUAGCGUUCUUGGACUGCAAUGAACCAGUAGCGUUCAUGGAUUACAAUGAACCAGUAGCGUUCAUGGAUUACAAUGAACCAGUAGCGUUCUUGGACUGCAAUGAACCAGUAGCGUUCAAGGAUUACCAAGAACCAAUAGCGGUUCAUGGGUUGUGA